UUGUUCGUCCCAUCAACUGUCUCAGCUGUAAUAACUGGCUGUCGGACAUCCGAGAAAGAGCUAUUCUGUGUUUGUCCUCCGACAUCUUCCCUAAGGGAGCUCUCCCUUCUGACUAAUCGUAUACCACAAACAGCUACAGGAUAUCAAGUUCAGCCAUUGAAUUCCAUUCUUGACAGUACAUUUCUCCGUUACCGUCCAGUCAUGAACAGUACAGCUGAAUUAGCCUCUGAGCUUCUUGAGACAACCACAAAAAGUGGCAAACUAAGUGGACCCGCUACUGCAGGUCUCAUAUGCGGAAUAAUUGCACUUGUACUAGUGAUUGGUGUUGUCGCAUUCUUCACUUUCCGUUAUAUGAGAGAUCGCAGGAGAAACCACGGAGAGUACAGACCACAGUUUGAAGAACAGAAUCAUGCAAAAGAUCUACCAUACUUAGCUCCUGUAGCAGUUGAAGGACUUAUUUAA